AUGACUACAACAAAUGUAACCACAGUGAGUGGCUUCCUCCUCCUGGGGUUCUCUGACAACCAGGACCUGCAGAUUCUACAUGCUCUGCUCUUCUUGGUGAUGUACCUGUUGUGCUUGACAGGUAACUUCAUCAUCAGCACCAUCAUAAAACAGGACCCACAGCUCCAAUCUUUGAUGUACUACUUCCUGAAGCACCUUUCCCUUCUUGACCUCUACUCCCUAUCUGUUACUGUACCCCAGUCCAUUCACAAUUCCCUUACUGGCAGUGGAUAUGCUCAGUGCAUUCUUCAGGUUUUCUUUUUCAUAUCCUUGGCCUGGAAUGAGGUGGCCACUCUCAAAGUGAUGUCCUAUGACUGCUAUGUGGCUAUCUGCUUUCCACUGGACUAUGAGGUCCCCAUGGGUCCAAGGAAGUGCUGGUGGGAUGUGAUAGCUGUGUGGAUAAGCACAGGCAUACCAGGAACCCUGUACAUAACAACCACAUUGUCUAUUAGGUUCUGCGCCAAAAUAAUACAUCAGUUCUUCUGCAAUGUCCCCCAGUUGCUCAAGCUCUCCUCCUCUAAUGAUUGCCUUGGAGUGAUUGGAGUGGUUGUUAUCAUAUCUAUAGAGGGAUUUACCUGCUUCAUUACCAUGGCUCUCUUCUAUGUACAGAUAUUCUCCAGAGUUCUCAGAAUGCCCUCUGCUGAAGGUCAGUCUAAGAUUCACCUGCCAGUGCUAGCCGGCCAAGACAGACAAGUUGGAAUUCUUAGAGUUGGUGCUGCAUUUUUACGCUUGCUUAGUCAGACUUUCUAUUCCUCUAUAUGCAUAUGUGGUGAUUUGAAUGAGAAUGUCCUCCAUAGGUUUCAAGUAUUUGGAAACUUGGUCUGCAGUUUGUGGCAAUGUUUCAGGAGGAUAAUGGAAGCUUUAGGAGGGCGCAAAGCCUCAGAUUAUCUCCCUGAUCCCUUCAGUCCUGGGAUCUUUACUGCAACUGAAGCUGCACUUUCACCUACGGCCAUUACUGGACUCUCUGAGUGCAAAGCUUCAGUUGCUGUCUAUGACCACUUCACACUUUCAACAGCAGAACCAUGCAGGAGACUCUUACACAUUACCAAGUCAUGCUUUCAGCUAGAGAUGGACGCUUGA